AGUUGUCUGGGUGAUAGUGAGCAGGAAUAGUGAAGAUGGCCUCCCAAGUGUGUCAGAACUACCACAAGGACUGUGAGGAUGCUGUCAACAAGCAGAUCAACCUGGAGCUCUAUUCCUCCUAUGUUUACCUCUCCAUGUUCUCUUACUUUGACCGGGAUGAUGUUGCCCUGCAUCACUUUGCUGAGUUCUUCAAGGAGCAGUCCCAUGAGGAACGGGAACACGCUGAGAAACUGAUGGCAUUCCAGAAUAAACGUGGAGGCAGAGUCCUCCUGCAGGAUGUCAAGAAGCCAGAGCAGGAUGAGUGGGGCAAUGGUCUGGAGGCAAUGCAGAGAGCUCUGCAGAUGGAGAAGGAUGUGAACCAGAGUCUGCUGGAUCUGCACAAACUCUCCUCUGGCCACACGGACCCUCAUCUGUGUGACUUCCUGGAGAGGCACUACUUGGAUGAGCAAGUGAAGAUGAUCAAGAAGCUGGGAGAUCACAUCACCAACCUGAAGAGACUGGGAGCCCCUGAGAAUGGCCUGGGAGAGUACCUGUUUGACAGGCUCACCCUGAGCUGAGUGGGAUUCAACAACUCCAUUUGUUGGACAUGGUGACUUCAUGUUGUGCUCUGCACAACAUGAAGUGUUCACCAUGGAACUGAGUACUCUGUGAUUUCUUAGCUUCAUUUGCUGCUUGGGUUUUUGAUGUUUAACAUCUGAUCAUUAAAUCCUUUUCUCUCAA